CGCUGCCGUCUCUGCGUUCACCAUGCGUCCCGGGGCGCCAGGGCCACUCUGGCCUCUGCCCUGGGGGGCCCUGGCUUGGGCCGUGGGCUUCGUGGGCUCCAUGGGCUCGGGGGACCCCGCGCCCGGUGGCGUUUGCUGGCUCCAGCAGGGCGAGGACGCCACCUGCAGCCUGGUGCUCCAGACUGAUGUCACCCGGGCCGAGUGCUGUGCCUCCGGCAACAUUGACACCGCCUGGUCCAACCUCACCCACCGGGGGAACAAGAUCAACCUCCUCGGCUUCUUGGGCCUUGUCCACUGCCUUCCCUGCAAAGAUUCGUGCGACGGCGUGGAGUGCGGCCCGGGCAAGGCGUGUCUCAUGCUGGGGGGCCGCCCGCGCUGCGAGUGCGUGCCCGACUGCUCGGGGCUCCCGGCGCGGCUGCAGGUCUGCGGCUCAGACGGCGCCACCUACCGCGACGAGUGCGAGCUGCGCGCCGCGCGCUGCCGCGGCCACCCGGACCUGAGCGUCAUGUACAGGGGCCAAUGCCGCAAGUCCUGUGAGCACGUGGUGUGCCCGCGGCCACAGUCGUGCGUCGUGGACCAGACGGGCAGCGCCCACUGCGUGAUGUGUCGGGCGGCGCCCUGCCCUGUGCCCUCCAGCCCCGGCCAGGAGCUUUGCGGCAACAACAACGUCACCUACAUCUCCUCGUGCCACAUGCGCCGGGCCACCUGCUUCCUGGGCCGCUCCAUCGGCGUGCGCCACGCGGGCAGCUGCGCAGGCACCCUUGCAGACACCCCUGAGGAGCUGCCAGAUGGUGAGUCGGCAGAAGAGGAGGAGAACUUCGUGUGAGCCUGCAGGACAGGCCUGGGCCUGGUGCCCGAGGCCCCCCACCACCCCCUAUUAUUUAUUGCCACAGCAGAGUCUAAUUUAUAUCCCACGGACACUCCCUAGAGCCUGGAUUCGGACCACUUGGGGAUCCCAGAACCUCCCUGACGAUAUCCUGGAAGGACUGAGGAACUCCACACUUCCACUCCUUUGGGGAUAAACCUAUUAAUUAUUGCUUCUAUAAAGAGGGCUGGGCAUUCCCUGCUGGUAAUUCCUGAA